AUGGAGGCCGUUGCACGCUGCCACGACAUUCAAGAGGUGUCAGUCAACAAUACACAGAUACACAUAUCACCCCAGUCAGUUGUUCCAGCCAGGCACUCGUGGCUGGACCAUUUGUGUCGAUUGGAAACGUUGAAAAUACUCAAACUGGAAAGGAUGGACGAAAUCAAAGACCACCACAUUGUGUGCUUGGCACGGGCACUGCACGACAACCAAACGCUCCGAGAGCUCUCGAUCGAAUCUUGCCACAUGGAGCAGUCUGGCGGUACCGCUUUGGCAGAGUUGUUAGGAAAACGUAGCAACAGGUUGCGUCAUGUAUCGCUUCAGCUGUUUGCCAAACAGGCAGAUGAUAGCACUGCUGUCGAAACGGACAAUGAUUGGGACAAGACUGGCAUGGCCAAGGCCCUACAACACAACAGAACCUUCCGAUUCCUUCGCAUCGUUUCCGAGAAUAUAUUAAAGAAUGGAUAUCCCAAGGCCUUUCUCGAAAUGAUCCGAGUCAAUGUGACAUUUCAACAGCUGAUACUCGGUGGGGAUGAGGAAACUCCGGCCGACAUGGAGUUUUAA